AGCUGAAUCAACUUCGAACAGAACUCAAUGGAAUGAAUAGUCGUCUUGUCCACGAGGUCUUGUCUCUAACAAAUGGUAGAAUGAAGUUAUAAUGAAGGGUAAAACUGUCCGAACAAAAGGCACCCACGGAACAAAAGUUCUUGGGUUCGUUCUGACAACGUUAUAACUCGGAAUCAGAAACACACUCGGUUUUUCCGUUUCUUUCUCGCGCUUCCUUCUUUUCUUUAGGCGUCCUCAGUCUUGCGGAGCAGAGCCACGUCCGUCUGAAAAGGAGGCAUUAAAUUGUGUUAUUUAGUUGGAUCAGAAUGGAUCAGCAAGGGCAUAGCCAGCCCGCAUCUGUGGGACUUGUUGGUAGUGGAGCCCAAUUGCCUUAUGCCACAAACCCAUAUCAGACAAACCAAAUGACUGGAGCACCGAGUCAUGGAUCUGUUGUUACUUCAGUUGGAGCUAUUCAAACUACAAGUCAGCCUGCUGGAGCUCAGCUCCCACAACACCAGCUUGCUUAUCAGCACAUCCACCAGCAACAACAACAGCAACUUCAGCAACAACUCCAAUCUUUUUGGGCAAAUCAGUACCAAGAAAUUGAGAAGGCAACUGAUUUCAAGAACCAUAGCCUUCCCCUAGCAAGGAUCAAGAAGAUUAUGAAGGCUGAUGAGGAUGUAAGAAUGAUAUCAGCUGAGGCUCCAGUAAUAUUUGCCAGAGCAUGUGAAAUGUUUAUAUUGGAGUUGACCUUGAGAUCUUGGAAUCACACGGAAGAGAACAAAAGGAGGACACUUCAAAAGAAUGACAUCGCAGCAGCAAUCACAAGGACUGAUAUAUUUGAUUUCCUAGUUGACAUUGUGCCAAGGGAGGAUCUGAAAGAUGAAGUACUGGCAUAUCCAAGAGGAACAAUACCUGUUGGGGGGCAUGCUGAUGCUCUCCCUUAUUGUUAUAUGCCACCUCAUCAUGCACCAGAGGUUGGGACUCCUGGGAUGAUCAUGGGUAAGCCUGUGAUGGACCCUGCUAUGUAUGCUCAACAGUCGCAUCCCUACAUGGUUCCACAGAUGUGGCCACAAACAUCAGAACAACAGCAAUCGCCCUCAGAUCAUUAGUAGCUGUAGCGUGGAAGUUGAGAAGCGCAAGUUCUCCUUUUUAUUUGUUGCUGACUUGCGGUUGAAAAUUGAAAUAGUGAAGGUGGUGUAGUUGCUCAAUGUCUGUAUCCUGUUUUAGAUUUUUUCUGGUGAAAAACUUGGAUGGUGAUGAUGUAGAUAACCAAAUUUAUGGUUUUUAAUCUUAUCAUUACACGGUAGAUAUUCCAUUUUCAUUGA